CGGUGGUGGCCAUCUUGCGUACGGAGCUGCUCCAGCCCUGCAUCUCUCCCGCUCGGCUUUGUAGCUGCCUCUCGGACGGUCUUUCGCUCUCUCGGAGAUGCCCUAUAGUGAAAUUGAAGCUAAGUUUUUGGGACCUGGAAAAGAACUAACAAGGGAACCAUGCUCUAAAAAAUUGAAGUCAGCUGCAGAUGAUUGUUUCUCCCAUCAAGGUGGUCCUGAAAGUCACAGACUCCAAGAGAAAACCAGAAAUAAUAAGGCCACCAUUAACUUCAGAAGACGUAUUUGUCCUGAGGAAGACAAAACCAGAACUACAGAUGUGUUGUGCAAGGAGAUGCCUGGUAAUAAAGUAGGUGUUGAAUCCAUUGGUUCCAAAGUCUUACAGGAUGGAAAGCCUUCAUCACUGUCCAAGGAUGACGAAAUCUAUAGCACAAGUAAAGCAUUCAUAGGCCCCAUUUACAAACCCCCUGAAAAGAAGAAAUGCCGAGAAAGGAAGCAUGGGACGGACAGCUUCAAUGGUGUAGAUGACAAAAGAAGACGAGAAGAAAAACAGAGAUCUAUCUCCAAAAAAUUGGAGAUUGACACGGAAUUAUCCCAGUUUUACAAAGAAAUUGAAGAGCUGGAAAAUGAAAAUGAUGCUUCACAAGGCAGUUGUAAGGUACCAGAGCCUUCCCCGGAACAAAUUAUUCCGUAUGACCAGGCCUGUGGUACCUUAAAAUCCAAGGAAGAAAGUAAAGACCUCAGUAAUGCUCUUCAGCCACAUUGUGGUUACCAGCAGUACUUGGAGAAUGAACCAGGCAGAUAUCUCUGUGAUGAACAAGUGAUGCCUCCAUUUUGUGAUACUUCAUUUUCUUCCUUCGGGCCUGAAUGGCAGUCAGUACAUCCUUUUGUCAUACCCCAUGGUCCUCCUCUUCCCAGUUUUAAUUAUCAUUUUAAUAUUCCAAGAUUCAGUGCCCCACUAAAUCCACCACCAAAUAUUUUCCCUGGACCAGAUGACUGUCAGAUGCAAAAUGGCUGUUAUGUCGAUAGUUGUCAGGAUAGCUGGAACUGUUUAACUUUUGAUGAGAACGAUGAGUAUGCUAAUUAUGGUGUGACUAGCAGUAAUGUUCAGCCCUUUAGAAAUGGCUACAGUGUGCAAGAUGAAAGUGUGAGUAAUGGUUUCUGUGAAAUCAGAGAAUGCUGGAGAGAUCCUCUUAUGGAAGAGCAUAAUGGAACAGACAGGUUUGUGAGCCAGUGGUUUCCAGAGGAGAAGUUAAAUAAAUUGCAGAAAUUACUUAUUCUUUUGCGAGGCCUCCCUGGUUCUGGAAAAACAACAUUGUCUCGAAUUCUGCUUGGUCAGAGUCGCGAUGGCAUCGUGUUCAGCACUGAUGACUAUUUUCAUCAUCAAGAUGGGUACAGGUACAAUGUUAAUCAACUUGGUGAUGCCCAUGACUGGAACCAGAGCAGAGCAAAACAAGCUAUCGAUCAAGGGAGAUCUCCAGUUAUAAUAGACAACACUAAUACACAAGCCUGGGAAAUGAAACCAUAUGUGGAAAUGGCCAUAGGAAAAGGAUACAGAGUAGAGUUUCAUGAACCGGAAACUUGGUGGAAGUUUGAUCCUGAAGAAUUAGAAAAGAGGAAUAAACAUGGUGUGUCUCGGAAGAAGAUUGCUCAGAUGUUGGAUCGUUACGAAUUUCAAAUGUCCAUCUCUAUUGUGAUGAAUUCAGUGGAACCACCACAGAAAAGCAUACAAAGACCCCUCCCUCUCCCGGGGGAGCCGAGGUGGGGAGGCUCUGUAGGCUCACACAGUCCAGCUGCUGUCACAGAUAGCUCUUAGGUGGGCUGGGUUAGCUGACAGUGCUGACUAACUACUUUAAGAGCAAAGUAGUGAGCCUGUCUUGAAUUUGAAUAGCUUCAAAUAAAAAGAAAACCACUUUGUGCUGCCUCACAAGGGCGUUCCUUACAGUUGUUUAGAUCCUAAAGUACAAAUAAAAGUCGCAUAAAAUUGUAUUUUAAAUGUUUUUAUAAUCUUUUGUGAUAAUGCUUUUGGUUAUUGUGAAUAGUAGAAUGAAGAGGGAACUAGGAUUUUUUUUUCUAAAACUAAAUUUUAAACUAAUCUAUUUUAAAUACUGUUGAACUGCUUUUUUAAUAGUUCAUACUUCAAAUUUUCAUAAAAACAAACAUUUUCCCUUCAUUACCCUAAAUAUAGAGAAACACCAGCUUUUUAUACAAUACUUUAUAGUUGAUUCAUUUGAUUUGGCAUGCUAGUGAAUUACGUCUCAGCACAUUCAGAAGUGUGACAAAAUUAGCUUUAAGCCAUAAUUAGCAUCUCACUUGGUUUAAACAAUUUCCCAGCAAAUUUUAGUCAGUAGGUAUAUUAAUCAUCUGUGGGUCAUAUAUUUACAUUCAGACCCCUUCCUUUCCGGGGGGCAAAGGUGGGAGGCUCUUUGCUCUCUAGGCUCACAUAAUCAAGGGAGAUACACAUAUGUAUAUCCGUAUCCCUCUUAGGCCAUCUCCCUACUCCUUCCUGCUUGGAGUUCUGGGAAGGUGAGAGGCAACAAGGUACAGAGUUUAAAACGCCUGUCAGACAGACAGUGCUGAUAAUGGCUCAGCUGUUUUGCUGUUGUUAAAUUUGAUGCAGUGUAAUUCUGAUAUAAAAAUACUUUGGAUAAUUGCUUAGCACUGGUAAAGAACAUUUGUCUUGUGCAUUUUUAUUUCUCCUGGUUCUAAUUCUUACUGUGGAACCAGCUGUAGUAGCCUCCUCUAUUAGAUGAUAUUCUUUUUCUUGGAUUUUUAAAACUAGGUGUGUUACUUCAUUUCAGAGUCUUGUAAUUCAUUUCCAUUGUCAAACACCGCUUUUCCUAGUCUGUUCCAUUGAGCAGUACAGGUAACUCCACCACUUCUUACUAGAACACCUAGUUUCCAGUGUUGCAUAGAAAGUGUUCCUUUACUCUCUGGUUUACUUUUCUAAGAAAAAUUCCAGCUAGUUACAAUGUAAUUUCAAAAUUAAUUUAUCACGAUCCUGUGUAUGCUUUGCAUGUUAAUAUGUCACGACCCUUAAAUUUUUUACUAAAUAGCCUAUUUUAAAUCAUGAAA